UCCAUGGAUUCUGAACUGGACAAUGGCCACAGUUCUCCAAAUGCUAUCAACUCCAAGUCCAAGAUGCCACCCAAGCCAAAGAUGGCCUUGUCCCUAGGCAGGUUCUUGAAAUGGCGAUUCUUGAAUUCACCAGUGUUUGCCACCCUUUCACCUAAGCUUCCUGCCAGGGCACAGGGAAAAGUGCAACCCUUAGAAGAUCUGAGCCAACACCUUCAACCAAAAUCCAAAAAAGCAUCCACCACCUUCUUUCAGAUUUUUCUGGAGAGCAAAAUCCACCCAAUGGACGCUGGAGGGGAAGAAAAUCACCAUCCCUGGCCUUACAAGGAUUCUGCCAAAGAGGUGAUCUGCCCUUGGGAAGUUCUGACUGAAGGAGGACAAAGCAGAUAAGAAGUCUUUGAAGCCAUGAGGAUAUGAGCCACUUAAAAAUGACUAAUUUUUUCCUGAGUUGGCAGUAUUAGUCACUUACCAUUUGACCUAUCCAUAAUACUACCAGUAAGUAUUUUUUGGAAUGACUAUUUUUUUAUUAUUUAGUGUAUGAUGGGAACAUGACAAAGAGAAGUAAACAUAGACACACAAUCCACAAAAUUAAAUACAAAAACUUCUAUGGGGGUACAGCAGUGGCCUCAUAACUGGAUGUCCAGUUCACUAUCCAGCUGAUUGCCUCUGGCAUUUACUUCGUGCAGAUCUUCUAGGGAACUAGAGAACAGACGUCGUGGGCAAUCUUGCAUAAUAUGUUCAAUAAUUUGCAUAUCAGCACUACAAUCGCAACAAGGGGAAUUUUUCCAGCCCUGGAGAUACAAGGCAGAGGCAUUCCUUCCAAUACCACACCUAAUUCUGUCCAAUUUCAUCUAGACAGAGUGAGACAAGUCAAAACCAGGUGGCUUGGUAGAGGGAUCACUAAUAAUCAAGCCACAAGAAGA